GCGCCGUGAUUGGACGGCGGCCCCGACCAACCGGCGGGCGCCGACAUGGCGAGGGUUUAAAACGACCCAGAAAGAUUCCCGCACUGUCCGUCGGAGAGGGUCAGCCGCGGGUCCGAGCGCAUGAAGCAGUGACAGCCGGCGGUUUCCGCGGACUUCCGGUCAGGUUUCCCGCUUUUAGGGAGAGAGACACCCAGAAAGGGAAGCAUGUCGACGCACUUCAGGAGCGGACCGGCCUUCGGACUCUCUGCCGAGGUCAAGAGUAAGCUGGCCAGCAAGUAUGACCCACAGAAGGAGGAGGAGCUUCGAAUGUGGAUUGAGGACGUGACCGGUAAACAGAUGGGAGACAACUUCAUGGAGAGCCUAAAGGAUGGAGUCAUUUUGUGCGAACUUAUAAAUGUUCUUCAGCCAGGUUCAGUAAGGAAGGUCAACCACUCCAAUCAGAACUGGCACCAGCUAGAAAACAUUGGGAAUUUUGUCCGCGCGAUCACAGAGUACGGUCUAAAGCCUCACGACAUCUUUGAGGCCAACGAUCUGUUUGAGAACGUCAACCACACCCAGGUCCAGAGCACGCUCAUCGCUCUGGCUGGAAUGGCCAAGUCCAAAGGUUUCCACUCCAAGUAUGAUAUGGGGGUGAAAUACGCUGAGAAGCAACAGCGACGCUUCGCACCCGAGAAGCUCAGGGAGGGACGCAACAUCAUAGGCCUGCAGAUGGGCACCAACCAGUUUGCCAGCCAAAAGGGGAUGACUUCAUACGGGACGCGACGCCAUCUGUUCGAUGCCAAGAUAGGCAUGGACAACCCAAUAGACCAGUCCACCAUCAGCCUGCAGAUGGGCACCAACAAGGGAGCCACCCAGGCGGGGAUGACGGCUCCAGGAACGAGGAGGCACAUCUUUGAUAAGAAGCUGGAGCUGGAGAACUGUGACACCACCACCAUCUCUCUGCAGAUGGGCACCAACAAAGUGGCCUCCCAGCAGGGCAUGACCACGUACGGCCUGCCCCGCCAGGUCUACGACAACAAGUACUGCGCCAACCCCACCGAGGGCUUCUACAACAACGGCAGCGAGGUGGAGUUUGACGGCUACAACCAGUACUCCGACUAAAAAGCAGCAUCAAAGCAAACCUCUAGACGGAUAUUUAAUUCAAACCAACGUCACGAUAAAGUUCAUUCCCUGUUUAA